AUGGGCAUCGUCAAGACAUACAUUGUCAGCCCGACCUUCACCAUCUCGUCGCAGGCCCUCCGGCUGGGCGACGUGCUGGUAAAGCCGCUGGCGGCCACGCUGGACCCCGUCAACCGCAAGUGCCGCGUCGACAUUGAGUGCAGCGACCUGUGCGACGUGGCCGUGUGGCGGGACUUCUCGGCCACGCGCAGCGACCUGGUGCGCGGCCGCCUCGGCCUGUGGACCUCGUGCCUAGCGCUGCUGGGCCUGCCCGUCAGCGUCGACGCUGGCGUCUUCCUCGAGCUCGGCGCGCACGACGUCGUCGCUGCCCCGGAGCUACAAACGCACGAGUUCGUCGUAACGGAUGAGUACGUCGCCCGCGUCAUGGCGCAGGACCCCGUCAAGGCGUAUCUGCGGCGUCGCGGCUGGCGCGUCCCCGUUUACAUGGUCAGCGGCGUUAAGAUCGCCAAGGGCGGCGCCAAAGUCGUCGUCGGCAACGGCCCGGCCACCGUCGGCGGCGAGGUCAGCGUCGGCGACGGGCCCGGGGCGGGUUGGGCUACCGCUGUGAAGCCGUUUCUACGCGUGGCGCGGGACCGCGCCUCGGGCGUCUCCUUCGACGCCCAGACCGACUUUGUCCUCGGCUUCCGCGUCGAAAAGAUUGUUUUUGGGCACCACGACGUCGAGCGUCGCGGGUUGAGCACUGUCGGCGCUACCAUGUACGACGGUGACGAGGCCGCCGACGGAGGACGGGUGCCUCGGUUCAGGCGCGAGGGCGAGCUCGCCUGGGCUGAUGCCGUCGAGCGUGCCGCGGACGACGACAUCGCCAUCGUCCAGCUCCUGGAUGCGGCUGGCGAUGUGACGUGGUUUGCAACCAGCGGGGAGCGGGCGUAG